AUGUCUCAACCAGACGAUAACGGGGAUGCAUCGAGACAUCAUCAUCGUUACAAUGAAGUGGCUGUGGAAACAGAUCCCCUUAUACCCCCAACCAACACCAACACCACCACAAACACAAAAUCCGCAGCAACAGGAACACAACAAGGCAACAUUGUACUUGUGUUUUUAGGUUUACAGAUCGCUUUAUUUGCAGCAGCUCUCGAAUACUCGAUCGUGUCCACGGCACUGCCCCGGAUAGGAUCCGAUUUAAAAGCGAUGGGUAUCUCUUCUUGGGUUGCUAGCAGCUAUCUUGUAACUCAGAAUGCAUUCAACCCCGUGUUGGUAAAGCUCUCCGAUAUCUUUGGUCGCAAAAACAUUAUCCUUUUCAGCAUCUCCACAUUUGCCGUUGGAUCAUUCCUUUGCGGUGUUGCACAGUCCAUGAUAUGGUUGAUUAUCGCUAGAGCCUUCCAAGGCAUUGGAGCUUCGGGUAUCGGCCCUAUGAUCCAUAUCAUCAUUGCUGAUAUCGUACCAUUGCAUAAACGUGCCAAUUAUCAAGCACUUAUCGAUGUGUGCUUUACGGCAGCCACUCUUACCGGUCCUUUCAUUGGAGGAACGUUGACCGACUAUGUCAGUUGGCGUGGUGUUUUCUUUGUAAAUAUUCCUGUUUGCUUCAUAUCCAUGGCCAUCAUCACCGCCACGCUCCAUUUACCUCGAGUGAUCCAAGGUUUAAAGGCACAAAUGAUGCGAAUCGAUUAUGCAGGAAAUGUGAUUGUCCUAUGUGCUAGCGUGUGUUUGGCACUUGCUUUAAGCUUAGGAAGCCAAGACGAAUCAUGGGAUUCACCUCUUGUCAUUUCGCUCUUUUCUUUAACAGCUAUCUUGGCUGGCUUGUUGAUCUACGUUGAAAAAUACGUGGCACUCGAGCCUGUGAUACCACUUCGGCUGUUUACCGAUCGAACCGUUGCAUCUUUGCUCAUUUACAGAAUUGGAUGGGGUAUGGCGUUCUCCGCUUAUGCUUAUUAUCUUCCAUUGUUCUUUCAAGUUGUAAGAGGAGAUUCGGCCAUGCUUUCAGGGCUUCGAUUGAUUCCUGUCGAAUUGGGCUCCGUCAGUACCACCUUUAUUGUGGGAAGAAUCAUCACACGCACUGGAAGAUACAGGCCAGCAUUAAGGACUGGAUCAGCUUUGUUUUGUAUUUGCUUUGUAUUCUUUUGGUGGUUUAAUCGCACCAUCAGCUGGUCAUAUAUUUACAUGGCCCUUUUGCUUGAAGGCGUGGGUAUGGGUGGUGUCGUGGCAUCGAAUAUGAUUGCUAUUCAAGCAUCAGUGCGUCAUGAAGAUAUUGCUGUGGCAUCAGGUCUUGGGGCCUACUUGGGUAUCCUUGGUGCCAACUUUGGUGUUGCUACUGCAUCUGCUAUUCUCAACACGUUGCUCAAGAGAAACUUGCCGCGCGUGAUGCCAAUGGAGUAUGCCCAGCGCAUCUUUGAUUCACCACAAUACGUCUACAACGGCUUGCCAGCAGAAUACUUUGAUGCUGCUAUCGACGUCUAUACCACAUCAUUUACGUACUUGUGGUAUACAGUCACUGCAUGUGCUUUUGGAGCAUGCCUGUGUUCGCUUUUUGUCAAGCAAUAUUCGUUACGAGGACCUCAAGAAACCAAAACAGUAGCCAAUUAUCAGGCCGUUGCCGUGGACGACGAUGCCCAAUCUCUCGGAUCGGAUGAGACAUUAUCAGUCACUUUGAGUCGUCAUGGAGACUAA